GUUCUGCGCAUGCCCGUGUUGUCUCACUCUUAUCAAAAGUUGCUUUGUUGAUAAUGGGAAAUGGUCGGUUGCGGUUUGCUUAGUUGGAGUUGAUAGUCCAUUUGUAAUGUUGCAGAUGGGAUGUUCUUUUUCUUUACUGAAAUAAACUUUUAAGACCAAAUUUACUUUUUGAAGUACUAUGGUUCCUAUCGAAUUCGAGCUCCUAAAUGGUUGAGUCUUUAAACACUCAUAUAUUGUAUGUAUAAAAAAUGUAGAAGUUAGAUGUUGUCAUCUCUCUAGUCAUAAUACUUAAGUGUUCUUCGGUAUACCAUCUACAAAUUGUUUUAAACACUAUGCCAUACUCUAUUAGGCAAAGAAAUAAUCCUAGCUCUCCAAACAUAAGGAAAAAUGGACCCAAGUGGAAACAUCUCCAAAACAGGAGUGAAGCUGUAAAUACAAACAAUGCCAAUGAAUAUGGUUUGAGUUUUCCAACUGGCUACACUGCUUUCAAAGCAUUACUGUCAGCUCGAAUUGUUGCUGCCAUUUGGAGUCACAUUUCUGAUUGUGAUGAAACUUUUAACUAUUGGGAACCAUCUCAUUUCUUGAUGUACGGAAAAGGAUUACAGACUUGGGAAUAUAGUCCAUUAUACUCAUUAAGAUCAUACACUUACCUAUUAUUUCAACUGGUUCCUGCUUUAAUUUAUAAUGCCUUAUUGAAACCAGAUAAGCUCAUAGUAUUUUAUUUUCAAAGGUGCUUACUUGCUCUAUGUUGUUCAGCGUGUGAAGUUUAUUUUUAUAAGAGUACAUGUCGAGAGUUCGGAAUUCAUGUUGGAAGAAUGACUUUGAUAUUUCUUCUAUUUAGUGCUGGAAUGUUUACUUCAUCUACAGCUUUUCUUCCAUCUUCAUUUUCUAUGUAUAUGACAAUGUUAUCUAUUGGUGCAUGGUACCAUAGGAAGUAUGAGUUGGCUGUUUUUCUUACUGCUAUAUCUGCUUUUCUGAGCUGGCCUUUUGCAUCUUUGAUUGGUGUGCCAAUAGCCAUUGACAUGCUUUUUUAUAGAAAAGAAGUUGGAAAAUUUAUUAAAUGGUGUUUGCUUUCAUGUUGUAUUAUUUUGCUCCCUAUGGUUAGAAUUGAUUCUCUCUACUAUGGAAAACUUGUGAUUGCUCCCUUAAAUUUGUUAAUUUACAACGUAUUUUCAUCAAAAGGACCAGAUUUGUAUGGUGUGGAACCGUGGUACUUUUACUUACUGAAUGGGUUUUUAAACUUCAAUUUUAUUUUUAUUGGUUCCUUAUUAACUCCUUUAACCUUGCUAACAGCAAAUCGCAUUGUUCCUGUGAAUGCGCGGAAUCCAGCUUGUUUGCCUUAUUCAUUAUCGAUACUUCCUCUCUACUUAUGGCUGAUUGUUUUCAUCUUCCAACCACAUAAAGAGGAAAGAUUCCUUUUUCCAAUUUAUCCUCUUAUCUGUCUCUGUGGAGCUCUCACAUUGGAUGCAGUACAGAAAAUCUACUUUAGACUGUUUGUUCGGACUGGUCAACAUUAUCUACAUCAUACAUCAUUGAUUGUGUUCCCUGUAGUAUUUAUCACUUCUCUUCUUGGGGUCACCAGAAUUUUCGCAUUAUAUAAAGGUUAUCAUGCACCUAUGGAUACUUAUAUGGAAUUAAGCAAAAUGUCUGCUGAAGGUACCUUACCUACAUUAAACAAUUUUAAUCUUUGUGUUGGGAAAGAGUGGUAUAGAUUUCCAUCGUCUUUUUUUCUUCCAGAUGAUAAGUGGACAUUGCUGUUUAUAAAAUCAGAGUUUAAUGGGCAACUUCCUAUGUAUUAUUCUUCAGGUUUUGAUGCUACCUCAACAAUACCCGAGUUUAUGAAUGAUGAAAACAAAGAGGAGGCUUCACGAUACGUGAACAUAACUUCUUGCCACUUUCUUGUUGAUUUGGAUACAGGACAAUCAACGGAUCUUGAACCUAACUAUUCAUCACAGAUUGAGAAGUGGGUUCUUUUAAAAGUAAUUCCAUUUUUGGAUAAUUCAAAGACAAAUAGGUGGGUAAGAGCAUUCUAUAUUCCUUAUAUUUGGGAGAAAAAUGCUGUCUUCGGAUCUUACAACUUACUUCAGGCUCGAAAAUUGCGUGUACAACCUUCAAAAUACUAAUUUAAGGAUUAUCAUCAAAGUAUCAGAAUAUAUUGGGAAAAAAAAAAAAUUAACUUAAAGACUUUUAAUAUUAUUAAUGGUUGUAUAUUUUAAGUGUAAUUUAUUGUUCUUUUAUGGUAAUUAUACAUUCCAUUUAAAUGUGUAUUACAGGUUGUGAAAUAGCUAUUUCUGUAUGCGUGAAAUCGUGUUCUUAUGAAUUUAAUUGUGAAUAAACAUAAUACUGACCAUAUCAAUUAUUAAAUAAGCAUUCCUUGAAACAAUUAAAUAUCUAUUUUUAUUUUUUACAGAUGAUUUAAGUUGUAUGGUUUUAAUAAUAAAGUCCAUUUGUACAA